ACCUCAACCAAAAGCAAGCAUGAGGUCACCGUCUGCCUACCCCACCUACGCGUUGUUGCCGUCAGUCCUCGAGAGCUCCAGGCUCGGGGGUGAUGCUUGUUGGUGAUAUAUAAAGGCCGGCGCUUGUCCUCCUUCGCCACCCUGGGCCCUUUUUGCUUCCUGCCGAGCCAGGUUUCACGCCGUACACCACCCGCUCUAUCCUUUGUCCUCCCCUAACUCUUCCAAGAUGGGCGUCAAGACCGUCGAAUUCCAGUCAUUCACUGACCAGAAGCCCGGAACAUCGGGUCUUCGCAAAAAGGUCACGGUGUUCCAGAAGCCUCACUAUAGUGAAUCCUUCGUCACCAGUAUCCUCCUCUCCAUCCCCGAGGGCGCCGAAGGUGCUUUCCUGGUCAUUGGCGGCGAUGGUCGAUUCUACAACCCCGAGGUGAUCCAGCUGAUCGCCAAGAUCGGUGCCGCCUACGGCGUCAAGAAGCUUUUGAUCGGCCAGAACGGCAUCCUCUCCACACCCGCGGCCAGCCAUGUUAUCCGCAAGCGCAAGGCUACGGGCGGCAUCCUAUUGACGGCCAGCCACAACCCCGGAGGCCCCAAGAACGACUUUGGCAUCAAGUACAAUCUGGCAAACGGUGGCCCGGCUCCCGAGUCGGUCACAAACAAGAUCUACGAGACCUCCAAGACGCUUGCCUCAUACAAGAUCAACGAUUCCAUCCCCGACAUCGACCUCGGCGCCAUUGGUACCAAGACUUAUGACGGGCUCGAGGUGGAGAUCGUUGACAGCACCGCCGACUAUGUCGAGAUGCUCAAGGAUAUCUUCGACUUCGACCUGAUCAAGAAGUUCUUCGCUACCAAUAAGGACUUCAAGGUCCUCUUUGACGGCCUUUCGGGUGUCACCGGCCCAUACGGCACUGCAAUCUUCCAGCAGGAGCUCGGCCUCGGGCCUGAGAGCACGCAAAACUGCGAGCCCAGCCCUGAUUUCAACGGCGGCCACCCGGACCCGAACUUGGUGUACGCCAAGUCGCUCGUGGACGUCGUAGAGGAGCGCAAGAUCCCGUUCGGCGCCGCCUCGGACGGUGACGGCGACCGGAACAUGAUUUACGGCGCCGGGGCUUUCGUGUCGCCGGGAGACAGUCUGGCCAUUAUCGCGCACCACGCCAAGCUGAUCCCGUACUUCAAGAAGCAGGGCGUGUACGGGCUGGCGCGAAGCAUGCCGACCAGCGGAGCUGUGGACCUCGUGGCAAAGAAGCAGGGCCUGGACUGCUACGAGGUGCCGACGGGCUGGAAGUUCUUCUGUGCCCUCUUCGACGCGGACAAGCUGUCAAUCUGCGGCGAGGAGUCGUUCGGCACUGGCAGCAACCACAUCCGUGAGAAGGACGGGCUCUGGGCCAUUGUGGCCUGGCUCAACAUCAUCGCCGGGCUCGGUGUAGAGCACCCUGAAGUGGCCCCCAGCAUCAAGCAGAUCCAGCUUGACUUCUGGAAGGAGUACGGCCGAACCUUCUUCACGCGAUACGACUACGAGGACGUCGACUCGGACGGUGCCAACAAGGUCGUUGGAACGCUCAAGGACCUGAUCUCGGACCCUAACUUUAUCGGCAGCAAAAUCGGGGACCGCACGGUGACCGAGGCCGGUGACUUCUCGUACACGGACCUCGACGGGUCGAUAUCGAGCAACCAGGGCCUCUACGUAUGCUUUUCGUCGGGUAGCCGCAUCGUCGUCCGCCUCUCAGGGACCGGUUCGAGCGGCGCCACGAUCCGGCUGUACGUUGAGCAACACACCAGCGACGCGUCGACGUACGAGCAGGACGCACAGGACUUCCUCAAGCCCGAGAUCAAGAUGGCGACGGAGCUUCUCAAGUUCAAGCAGUAUGUCGGCCGCGACGAGCCGGAUGUGAAGACCUGAGGUUGCGUGGCUGGUUUCCUGGGGCGGGCAGGCCGAGCCCAAACAGAUGGCGAGAGCAGAACCCGACUUGAGGUUUCCUUGUGAUGCAUCGAGAAUUUAAUAAAAGAUAAAAGGCGCACAUGAUAUCAUGAAACCACGGACCAUGUAUGC